GACCCCAGUGGCAGUCCCAUCUCACUACACCGCUCUCCGGCUUCUCCUCUGUCAGAUCGAGGCUGCUCUCUCUCUCUCUUGCUCCCCCUCUCCGCUUCUGUCUGUCUCGUUUCCACAAGAGCCAGCCGAGGUCCCCCAGGGUCGAAGGUUCUGCCCUGCCCGCCCAGACUGCAACCCCCGCCGGCCUCCAAAAUCGGCAUUCUCCCGCAUGGAUCUACGUCUUUUGACAGCGUAGAGGGCGACCCCGCGACACGUAUCCGCCAGAACGAAGAUUGCUGUGUGGUUCUGGGUCAGUGUGGUUGAUCCGGUUUUGUACACGAGGCGGUUAUAGUUCUGAGCAGCGGUUCUGAAGGAUGACCGCUGAACGGUUCGGCCUUGGAUCCUGGUGAACGGUGUCUGAUGUCCGAACGGCGGAAGCAUGGCUCAUGGAAUCGCCUCUCAGGGCAAAGUGACCAUCACAGUGGACGAGUACAGCUCCAACCCCACACAGGCCUUCACUCACUACAACAUCAACCAGAGCCGCUUUCAACCUCCACAUGUCCACAUGGUGGACCCUACCCUGUAUGACACUCCUAAGCCAGCAGGACACACGCGGUUUGUGUGUGUGUCGGACACACACUCCCGUACAGAUGGGAUCCAGAUGCCCUAUGGUGACGUGCUGCUCCACACGGGAGACUUCACUGAGCUGGGCCUGCCCUCUGAGGUCAAGAAGUUCAACGACUGGCUAGGUGGUCUACCGUAUGAGUUUAAGGUGGUGAUAGCAGGGAACCAUGAGCUGACCUUCGAUAAGGACUUUAUGGCCGAGCUGGUCAAGCAGGAUUACUACCGUUUUCCCUCCGUGUCCAAACUGAAGCCCGAGGACUUUGAUGACGUCCAGGACCUCCUCACUAACUGUGUGUACCUCCAGGACUCUGACGUCACUGUCAAAGGCUUCCGGAUAUACGGGACGCCAUGGAGCCCGUGGUUUAACGGCUGGGGGUUCAACCUGCCUAGGGGCCAGUCUCUGCUGGAUAAAUGGAACCAAGUCCCAGAGGGCAUUGACAUCCUCAUGACCCACUGCCCUCCCCUCGGGUUCAGAGACUGGGUUCCUAAGGAGCUGCAGAGGGUGGGCUGUGUGGAGCUGCUCAACACGGUCCAGAGGAGGGUCCGGCCCAAACUACACGCCUUCGGAGGAAUACAUGAAGGGUAUGGCAUCAUGACUGAUGGCUGCACCACGUUCAUCAACUCCUCCACGUGCACGGUCAGCUUUCAGCCCACCAACCCCCCAAUCGUGUUCGACCUGCCCAACCCCUCCAGCUCCUGAGAAUGACCUGUGAAAGGGGGGGGUUGGCCAGAAUAACCUUUUUUUUCUAACAAAUAAUGUCAAAAUAAUUAUAUUAAGUGUUUCUCUCAAAUAUUGUUAUUUUGUAAGCUGUAAAGUGAAAGAGUGUGGGGGGGGUGUAGGGUUAGAGGGGGGUGGGAAGGGGGCAGGUUAUAGGGUGCUGAGUGGUUAUACAAUCUUACUAUGGAAGAAAAAGCAGUCGGAUCUGUAAGAUAAAUGAUGCUUUGUGAAUUUGUACAAUUUCCUUCGUUUUUGGGGUUUGUGUUUGCUGGAAACGUCGGUAUUGGAUGCCAUUGUUGAUUUUGUACGUUAUUGUUUUUUGUGUUUGGUUUCAUUUUGUUUCCUGGACAAUUCUGCUUUCUGAUUGGCUGACAGGGACGAUGCCUUAAACUAGCUUUAAUGUUCUCAGCUAGAGCCCCACUCUCUGCAAGCUCAGAGAAAGACCUUAUUUAUUAUUAACACGUGUCUAUCAACCCAGUUAAACUACACCACACAGAGCAGGGAAAGAAAUCUAUCAAAUUAUACACUUGAGAUACUCUAACAUCUACCGUCUGCAAUUCUGAUACAUCUGGAGAAGAGCAAGUAUAUAUAUAUAUAUAUAUAUAUAUAUAUAUAUAUAUAUAUAUAUAUAUAUAUAUAUAUAUAUAUACUGUAUUCAUGUUGUAAAAGAUCUGUACUAGAAGUUGUUGAAAACAUCCUGGUGGGAUUUUCUUUCUGGUGUCUUCGGCUGUAUUUGAUUUAGCUUGUUUCAAAUGUUCUUGAAACGUUUUUUUAUUAAUGUUCACGUCUUACUCCCACUGUUAGGGUCGAGCAGGGGGCUCUAACUCCUCCAGUCUUUGAGUGUUUCUGGGGGUGGAGGCUUUUGUUCCAGUCCAGCAGGAACACACAUCUAACUAUGUAAUGUAGUUGUUUAUUUGAUGGAGGUUUGUUAGUGCUGGGCUGGAACAAAAGCCUGCCCAGGACCGCAGUUGUAGGCCCCUAAGGUAGAAGUUCAUGGAUGAGAGAGGAAAUGUUUUGAGUUUAAGACUCAAUUCACUAUCCGACAGGCGAUGGUUGGUUUUCUUUUACGACACACCUGCCUAAAAAAGGUUAAGUUGUCCUCUCCAUUGUAAAUCUGAUAGUAUUUGUGUUUUUAUAGCUUUCUUUCUCAUUUUGCACUGUGUGUAAAUGCAAUCUUGCUAGCACAAAAAAAUGUUGCCAAAAGCGGUCUCAACUUUGCAACUGUAAAUGCUCCAUUCCACUCUGUUUUGUUUCUCUAGCUAUUUCUCUCUUCUGUUUCUCUGGCUGUUAGUUUCCUCCUUGUAGGUCUGCUCUCUCUUUCUUUCAGUUCAUUGUGAUAUAUUUAGCUGCUUUUAUAUGCAAAUAAAAUUGCAAGAUUUUUACUUAA